CGAGUGGAAAACGGUGACUUCAACUGGAUUAUUCCAGGAAAAUUUUUGGCAUUUAGUGGCCCACACCCAAAAAGCAAACUUGAAAAUGGUUAUCCUCUUCAUGCGCCUGAAGCCUACUUUCCCUAUUUCAAGAAACAUAAUGUCACAUCGGUCAUAAGACUAAACAAAAAAAUUUAUGAGGCAAAGCGCUUUACUGAUGCUGGUUUUGAGCAUUAUGACCUGUUCUUCAUAGACGGAAGCGCGCCAAGUGACGGUAUAGUUCAGAGGUUCCUCAACAUCUGUGAAAAUGCUGACGGUGCCAUUGCUGUACAUUGUAAAGCUGGCCUGGGGAGGACAGGAACACUAAUUGCCUGUUACAUAAUGAAACACUACAGGUUCACGCAUGCUGAAGCCAUUGCUUGGAUACGAAUAUGUCGACCAGGCUCUAUUAUAGGACCUCAGCAACACUUCUUGGAAGAGAAGCAAGCGAUGUUAUGGCUGGAGGGAGAUCUCAUGCGAUCAAAGCAGAAACGACGAGUGGUUGAUGGCAACCUUAACAGAGUUCUUUGCGGCUUGAGUGACAUUUCGAUCAGUGACAGCUUGAAUAAAGUACAAGGCUUGGAUCAAUACAGGGAGAAUGAUUUUGAAGACAAAGCAGAUCCGGAGCCUCAGAAUGGCAUGACACAGGGAGAUAAGCUUAAUGCCUUAAAAAAUCGGAGACGACAAUAUUCUGCUACAACUGGAGGUCUGAG